AUGGGUAUCCUCGGAAAGUUUGGACUGGACCACUGUGAUCUACCAACUAUGAUAGAAAACCUUGCUAUUUUGUUCAGGGGACUGACUAUAAAUAUUAAUAAGAACAAUAUUAGGCGCUUAGAACCAAUGCUCGAAACGCCAAAUUAUGAAAUAGCAACUGCUUUAAUGAUACCAGCAAUAAUCAGUGGAGUUUUCAUUAUGGCAGAAAUAGCCAUUUUCGUGGUGGUCAUCGUUGGUUACAUAGAAGCUCAAAUGUUAGCGUUAAGCGACGAGAUACUUCACCUUUGGACUGAUAGCGAACUAUUUUGUGAAAAGUUCGUAGAAAAAAAUAAUAAUGUUGAUAUUACUGAUGAAAAUAUUAUUAAAAAUAUAUUCAUUAAAAGCCAGUUAAAAGAUAUCGUCAAAUUCCACAUGAUGAAUAUUAAUCUACGUAAUGCUGUAGAAAAGAAAUUUCGUAUUAUAUAUUUCGUUGAAAUUAUUUUCAUACUUUGCGCUAUUGUGGCUGAACUAUUGGGUGGUUUAGAAAACACGUACGUACAAGUACCAUAUACUUUUCAUCAGAUAUUCUUUAAUUGUUGGAUUAGUCAAAAGCUAUUGGAUGCUAGUAUAGUAUUUGAAAGGGCAUUAUACAGUAGUCAUUGGGAGAACUUUGACGUCGCUAAUCAAAAAACGAUUCUUUUGAUGCUUCAAAAUUCCCAAAAUAGGUUAACACUAUCAGCUGGGGGUAUAGCAGUGUUGAAUUAUCCAUUUCUAAUGUAUGUUAUGAGAUUCACAUAUUCGACAUAUACAACACUACAGACUACUGUCAAUCAAAAAAAUCGG